AUGCCAACCCGAUCUCACGAGCCACAUCCUAGAGAAUUGAAAAGCAUUCACGCCGCUAUCAAAUCUAUACCUAAUCUUCAGGAAUUUCCCAACGGCUCUAACCACCCCUUCCAACUAAUCAAACUAUACAAUGUCCCGCUUACUGGCGGCGGGAUCUUAUCAACUGGUGGCGUUGGAAAACCACCGGGAGAGAAAUGCCUUGAUUGUGAUGGCUACUCGUGCUGCUGUAUUCCAUGUGUCAUCAUGUAG